AUGUCGGCAUCAAAAAAGAGGCAGGCGGAGGACAACCCUUCUCAACCCAAGCCCAAGAAGAAUAAGAAGAGAAAGGCCAAUGCCCCGGAUGAUGACACCCUCGACACUGAGCUCGGUCUCAACACCCUGUUUACAAAAAUGGACAACCAGCUUUUGGCAGAUCACCUCGCUCAGAAGCUGAGUCGAUUCGGCAGUGAUCUGAGUGCCGUGGAAAUCUCUGAUCUGACUGUAUCAGCCAACGCCAUCCAGGACACGACUUCAUGGCAGGAGACGAGGACGUUGGACAAGUUCCCCGACUUCCUCGAAAGCGUCUCGGAGAACCCUGAGGGUCUAAAGAAGUCGCCCAAGAAGAAGGGCUCGCCUCAUACGCUCAUCGUUGCAGGAGCGGGUUUGAGAGCAGCUGAUAUCGUGAGAUCGAUGCGCAAGUUUCAGAGCAAGGACAACACAAUCUCCAAGCUGUUCGCCAAGCACAUGAAAGUCGAAGAGCAAGUCAACUUCCUUCAGGGCCACAGGACUGGUAUCGCCGUCGGCACACCUGCCCGACUCAUGGACCUCAUUGACAACGGCGCACUCUCCCUCGACAACCUGAAGCGGCUCGUCGUGGAUGCCUCCCACAUCGACCAGAAGAAGCGCGGCGUCAUGGACAUGAAGGACACCAUGAUGCCGCUUGCCAAGUUCCUGGCACGGAAGGAGUUCAAGGAUCGGUAUGGUGAUGAGAAGAAGCCGCUGGCGUUGUUGUUCUAUUAG